GUGACUUCCUCUUCUCGUUUCUUCUUUACUCUCUUAGAAAUUGUGAACCAAAACCCAAACGUUUGAGCCUCUCUCCGUCAUGAAAAUCAAUCUGAAAGAUCCAGCUGAAAGCCUCUACCCAUGGACCUCCACCAAGAUCACAAUAUGUUUCUUGCUUGUGAUCUCCUUCACCUAUAUCUCUUACUCUCUAAAAUCUGUCUUACCUUCCAAUCUUUGUAGGGAACAAUAUUCUGUCACCUCCCAUCUCCAAUCCGAGGCUCCCGCCACCCCAUCUCAGCCGAUAUCCCCACGGGCACAGGCAACCCUGGAACCCCAAGAGCCCAAAACUAACUUAUCCCACAUAGUGUUUGGCAUUGCAGCCUCGGCCAAUCUGUGGGGAAGUAGAAAAAAAUACGUGAAGCUAUGGUGGAGGCCGGACCAAAUGAGAGGCAAUGUUUGGAUGGAUCAGCCAGUAAAAGUUGAACCGGAGGAUGAACACCUUUUGCCGCCAAUAAAGAUAUCUAGUGACACUUCCAAGUUUGCAUACACUCACCGUAAAGGCCACAAGUCAGCCAUACGCUUGUCACGUAUUGUUACGGAGAAUUUCAGGCAAGGCAUGGAGAAUGUUAGGUGGUUUGUGAUGGGGGAUGAUGACACAGUUUUUGUUCCUGAAAAUCUGGUUAAGGUUUUGCAGAAAUAUGACCAUAACCAAUUUUAUUACAUCGGAAGCUCGUCGGAGAGUCACUUGCAGAACAUUUAUUUUUCACAUAAUAUGGCUUAUGGAGGAGGUGGGAUUGCUAUAAGUUACCCUCUAGCCAGAGCCCUAGAGAAAAUGCAAGACAAGUGCAUUGCUCGGUAUACUGGAUUGUACGGCUCGGAUGAUAGGCUUCAGGCUUGUAUGGCUGAGCUUGGUGUUCCUCUAACCAAAGAACAAGGGUUUCACCAGUUUGAUGUAUAUGGGAGCGUGUUCGGACUCCUAGCAGCUCAUCCGGUCGCGCCCCUUGUGUCACUUCACCACCUAGAUGUCGUUGAUCCUAUAUUCCCCAACAUGGACCGAGUCCAAGCCCUACAAAGGCUUAACGUUCCCAUGAAGAUCGACCCGGCCGGACUCGUUCAACAAUCCAUUUGCUACGACAAGACCCGAUCCUGGACUGUAUCUGUUUCAUGGGGCUAUGCGGUUCAAAUAUUCCGGGGCAUUUUCUCUCCCCGAGAAAUAGAACAGCCUGCCAGAACGUUCAUCAAUUGGUACAAGAAAGCUGACUUCAUUGGCUACGAAUUCAACACUCGUCCCGUCAGUAGACACCCUUGUCAAAAACCAUUUGUGUAUUACUUGACGAAUGCUGUGUACAACAAAAAUACAAAUCAUACAGCAACUGAAUAUGUUCGUGAUCAAGCGCCAAAUCCUCAAUGCAACUGGAAGAUGGCAAAUCCCUCUCGCAUUGACAGAGUACAAGUCUACAAAGCAUAUGAUCCGCAUAUAUGGGACAAGUCUCCAAGGAGAAACUGUUGCAGAAUCUUGCCAAGUAAAAAGAAGCAAGGUACCAUGGCCAUUGAGGUAGGAGCAUGCAAUGAAGAUGAAGCGGUUGAACUGAGGUAAAGUUUAUAUGAUUUUUAAGAGCCUUCCCGAGUCACAAUUUUGUUCAAUUUUACUAUACAAAAAAAAAAAAAAA